AUGGCCACGCUGACAGCGGAACACUUUGCUGCGCUCCAGUUGCUGCUGAAGAUUGGUUACUAGGCCUCCUAGAAAGAUGUUGUCCGGCAGCUGUGCCGAGAGAGCUUUUCCAGUGCAGCCCCCGGCACCCACCCGCUGCUGGAGACGAUGAGUUUCAGCCUGUCAGUGACUAGGGCGGAGGCCGAGCAGCUGCUCCAGGCCCUGCACAGCCUCACCAGCCUGGUGGUCUUCUGCAACCUGACCUCCGCCCAGGCAAUCCUGGCUUUCUUCCCCGAGGAUUUCCACCAGAGCCACAAGAACCUGCUGAUGAAGAUCAUCCUGGAACACAUAGCUACUUGGAGAACUGAAGCCCAAAACAAUCAGAUCUCCCUGCUGCGCCUGGUGGACCUGGACUGGAGGGUGGACAUCAAGACCGCCUCGGACAGCAUCAGCCGCAUGGCCGUCCCCACCUGCCUGCUCCAGAUGAAGAUCCAGGAAGACCCUAUUCUGUGUGGGGACAAACCGUCCAUGACAGCGGUCACCAUGGAGCUGGGUAAGGAGACGCUGGACACCAUGCUCCAUGGGCUGGACCGCAUCCGGGACCAGCUCUCAGCCGUGGCCAACAAACGAGCUGGCCGACUGCCCUUGUCCCCUCGGGCGUGUCCCCACCGCGGGUCGGCCACUGAGCUCCCAGAAGCUGUGGAGGAGUGUCGGGCUUCCCCACUGGCAGGACAGGAGCAGCCUGGCCCCUUCGCCAUCCUCCUCCUCCUCCGUCUCCCUUUUCUCUGUGGGAAGACAGGGAGCACGAGCCCGCACAGGCACCAGGUAACACGUCAUGCUGCAGUGGUGGAGGGACCGUGGCCUGUCCACUGCCUGCUCCCGGCUGAUGGGAUAACCCAGGCACAAUUCUGA